AUGGUCCUUCAUGGUCCUGCAGAGUCCUUCAUGGUCCUUCAUGGUCCUGCAGAGUCCUGCAUGGUCCUGCAGAGUCCUUCAUGGUCCUGCAGAGUCCUUCAUGGUCCUUCAUGGUCCUGCAGAGUCCUGCAUGGUCCUGCAGAGUCCUUCAUGGUCCUGCAGAGUCCUUCAUGGUCCUUCAUGGUCCUGCAGAGUCCUUCAUGGUCCUGCAGAGUCCUUCAUGGUCCUUCAUGGUCCUGCAGAGUCCUGCAUGGUCCUGCAGAGUCCUUCAUGGUCCUGCAUGGUCCUGCAGAGUCCUGCAUGGUCCUGCAGAGUCCUUCAUGGUUCUGCAGAGUCCUUCAUGGUCCUUCAUGGUCCUGCAGAGUCCUUCAUGGUCCUGCAGAGUCCUUCAUGGUCCUUCAUGGUCCUGCAGAGUCCUGCAUGGUCCUGCAGAGUCCUUCAUGGUCCUGCAGAGUCCUGCAUGGUCCUUCAUGGUCCUGCAGAGUCCUUCAUGGUCCUUCAUGGUCCUUCAUGGUCCUGCAGAGUCCUUCAUGGUCCUUCAUGGUCCUGCAGAGUCCUUCAUGGUCCUUCAUGGUCCUGCAGAGUCCUGCAUGGUCCUGCAGAGUCCUUCAUGGUCCUGCAGAGUCCUUCAUGGUCCUUCAUGGUCCUUCAUGGUCCUGCAGAGUCCUUCAUGGUCCUGCAGAGUCCUUCAUGGUCCUUCAUGGUCCUGCAGAGUCCUUCAUGGUCCUUCAUGGUCCUGCAGAGUCCUUCAUGGUCCUUCAUGGUCCUGCAGAGUCCUUCAUGGUCCUGCAGAGUCCUGCAUGGUCCUGCAGAGUCCUUCAUGGUUCUGCAGAGUCCUUCAUGGUCCUUCAUGGUCCUGCAGAGUCCUUCAUGGUCCUGCAGAGUCCUUCAUGGUCCUUCAUGGUCCUGCAGAGUCCUGCAUGGUCCUGCAGAGUCCUUCAUGGUCCUGCAGAGUCCUUCAUGGUCCUUCAUGGUCCUGCAGAGUCCUGCAUGGUCCUGCAGAGUCCUUCAUGGUCCUGCAGAGUCCUUCAUGGUCCUUCAUGGUCCUGCAGAGUCCUUCAUGGUCCUUCAUGGUCCUGCAGAGUCCUUCAUGGUCCUUCAUGGUCCUUCAUGGUCCUGCAGAGUCCUUCAUGGUCCUUCAUGGUCCUGCAGAGUCCUUCAUGGUCCUUCAUGGUCCUUCAUGGUCCUGCAGAGUCCUUCAUGGUCCUUCAUGGUCCUUCAUGGUCCUUCAUGGUCCUGCAGAGUCCUUCAUGGUCCUUCAUGGUCCUGCAGAGUCCUUCAUGGUCCUUCAUGGUCCUGCAGAGUCCUUCAUGGUCCUUCAUGGUCCUGCAGAGUCCUUCAUGGUCCUUCAUGGUCCUGCAGAGUCCUUCAUGGUCCUUCAUGGUCCUGCAGAGUCCUUCAUGGUCCUUCAUGGUCCUUCAUGGUCCUGCAGAGUCCUUCAUGGUCCUGCAGAGUCCUGCAUGGUCCUGCAGAGUCCUUCAUGGUCCUGCAGAGUCCUUCAUGGUCCUUCAUGGUCCUGCAGAGUCCUUCAUGGUCCUUCAUGGUCCUGCAGAGUCCUUCAUGGUCCUUCAUGGUCCUGCAGAGUCCUUCAUGGUCCUUCAUGGUCCUGCAGAGUCCUUCAUGGUCCUUCAUGGUCCUGCAGAGUCCUUCAUGGUCCUUCAUGGUCCUUCAUGGUCCUGCAGAGUCCUUCAUGGUCCUUCAUGGUCCUGCAGAGUCCUUCAUGGUCCUUCAUGGUCCUGCAGAGUCCUUCAUGGUCCUUCAUGGUCCUGCAGAGUCCUUCAUGGUCCUUCAUGGUCCUGCAGAGUCCUUCAUGGUCCUUCAUGGUCCUUCAUGGUCCUGCAGAGUCCUUCAUGGUCCUUCAUGGUCCUGCAGAGUCCUUCAUGGUCCUUCAUGGUCCUGCAGAGUCCUUCAUGGUCCUUCAUGGUCCUGCAGAGUCCUGCAUGUUCUCUGGACAGCCUCCUCUCUCUCAGACCUUUGUCUUAA